CCUGCUCUUGGACUACCCAGUUCUAUCCGGGUUCCGACCCGGAAGCAUUUACAGUAUUCUUCUUUCACGCAGCUUCAAAAAUCCGAACACAAAACGGGUGACCCAUCAUUCCCUCGAGAACAAACUGCAGUUGCAACGACCCAUAGUUUUGAAAUGGUUUUGCCGUUAGUGACAACCCACGAUUUCAUCUACAGUUUCUCCAACUAUUUCAAUUUUCCGUGCUCCUCUAACGACGGAAACAGGACGGUGAAGCCUUCCACUCAUUGCGAUCUCCGCUCCAAGUAGUAGCCAUGGACAGUGGUCGUAAGCGCAUACCUCUAGGUGUUGUUUCUCCUUCGGCUGUUAGAAAUGCGCAACGGAGGCGACCUUCACAUGAUGUGCAGACAUCUGGUAAUGUGCCAUCUGCGAAUCGUGAGAAUUUGGAACCGAAUAGAGCAUCUGCAUCUCUGCCAGAAUCAAGUUUUCAGAGUCCAGCACGUAAUGAUAAUUUUGUCCAACAGCCAUCACACUCCACCCUGGGUUCGUGUACAGGUUUUCAAGACAGGCUCGGGGCUCAAAGUCCAACCAGAAUUACACAGAAGGGAUUCAUAGGUUCAAGCCAGGCAUCGGAUAGUUUGAAUUUGACAGCAAACCACCCACGAUUCUAGCUUGCAUUAACUGUUUUCCAUGUAUAGCGCUUCUUCUUCUUCUUCAAUUCAAAUUUUAAAGAGGGUCUCAGGAGGUGCUUACCAUCGGGUUAGUAUUGUGGAUUCACGAUUUUGAGUAAGGUAACUUUUUGGAUUAUUGUACACAAAGGCUCUGCAUAAUGCUCCCAGGCCCAGCCAAAUUUGUCGCUCGCUGCCUCUUCUUGAUGCCUGUAUUUGAUAUAUUGUGUCAAGUAUUCAGUCACUUGAUAAUAUGUUCCCUCUGCCGUUUUCACGAAAUUGAAACCAACACCGAAGAUUUACUUCAUGCAAAGUCCCUUGCUGCACGAAUAUUUCUCUACAGUGUUGGGGCACAGGGCCAUGUUGAAAACGUGCUAGCAAAGAUACUUGAAGUGUUCAAUGUAAAGCUAGAAGAUAUUAGAGCUGCUAAACAUGUAGAUGAUUUGGAUUCAGAAGACGCAAUUGUUCAGCAAUAUAUAUAUUUGUAAUUUGGUAGAAUCUGAGUCAUACAAGAGUGCUCGGAAACUGCUGAAACAUUUCUCUUUAUGCCACUUUGUAGAGUGUUAUAUGUCUAAAUUGCUGGAAGGCCAGAGACAUAAAGCCAGAAAAAAAGUUAUGAUCUAAAAGAUAGAUUUUUAGAAAUCUAUAAGGGGGCAAGAAAAAGUGAUUUGAUGUAUUGCAUUGCGCUAUAUGUUAUAAACCGUUCCAU